GGGAGCGGGAUGGGCUGCGGAGGGUCGGCGGCGCGCACCGGGCGGUACCGGGCUGGACCAGGGCUGCACCGGGGCGGCUGUGGGGGCGCGGGAACGGCAAUGAAGGAGCCCUGGAGAUGCCCGAGCGCAAGGAUAGGGCGGCCGGGGAUAUGCGGGGGGGGGGGGUCCGUGUUCCCCGGUAGCGGGGGCAGCAGAGAAGGGUCCCGGUUUCCCCCCUCCCCCGUGCGUGGGGCUGGGCGGGUCCCGGUGUGACUCGGCCCUGAGGAGGGACGUGGAGACAACUCCCCCACACCCCCACAUCUGGGUCACAUCUGCGGGCGUGUGGAGGUGGGCGCAUCCCCCCGUGCCAUGGUGUCACCCGUGAGUGCCGCUCCUCGUCCUCGGAAGGUCCAAAGCUCAACCCACGCCCCGAACGCGGGUGACGUGACGUGGGUGUGCGCGGCAGCUGCCGGAUGCGCCGGAUCUGCGGCGCAGCAUCUGCCUGGGGCGGGGGAGCGGAACGGGGCAGGAAAGGACGGUAACGACCCCCUCCCUCCCAGCCAGCGCAGGCGGGGCUGCGCAUCCCUGUGCCGCGGCCAUGGAGGACACCCCGGAGUGGGCCACCCUUAGCCCGCAGGAGUUUGCCCAACUGCAGAAGUACCUGGACUACAGCAGCCGGAAGGUGCAGGAUGUGCUGCAGGAUUUCUACGGCGGAGGGGCCCUGUCACAGCACCGGCAGGGAGAGUGUGUCGACUUCGAGGGGUUCACGCUGUUCCUGCGCAGUUACCUGGAGGCAGAUGACGUCCCAGAGCCGCUCUGUCGCCAUCUCUUCGCCUCCUUCCAGAGUGGGGCCACUGCGCUGCUGGGCAGCCAGGACGGCAAAGACCUCGUCUGUGUUAAUGAUGUCUCCUGCUACUUUUCACUGCUGGAGGGGGGACGCCCCGAGGACAAGCUGGAGUUCACCUUCAAGCUGUACGACAAGGAUGGGAAUGGGCUCCUGGACAGCUCGGAGGUGGAUCGGAUCAUCACCCAGAUGAUGCGUGUGGCCCAGUACCUGGACUGGGACGUCACAGAGCUGAAGCCGAUCCUGCAGGAGAUGAUGCGGGAGAUCGACUAUGACGGCAGUGGCACUGUGUCACUGGCAGAGUGGCUGCGUGGGGGAGUCACCAACAUCCCGCUGCUGGUGCUGCUGGGCCUGGAGAGACACAUGAAGGAUGACGGGCAGCACAUGUGGCGCCUGAAGCACUUCAACCGGCCCGUGUACUGCAACGUGUGUGAGACGCUGCUGGUGGGGCUGCGCAAGCAGGGGCUGUGCUGCACCUUCUGCAAGUUCACGGUCCACGAGCGCUGCGCCCGCCGGGCCCCCCCCAGCUGCAUCAGCACCUACGCCAAGUCCCGCAGGGAGGCCGGCGUCCAGGCUCAUGUCUGGGUGAAGGGCGGCUGUGACGGCGGCAAGUGUGGCAAGUGCCAGAAGAAGAUCAAGAGCUUCCAGAGCCUGACAGGGCUGCACUGUGUCUGGUGCCACCUGAAGGUGGGUGCGUCCCCCCCCCAGGGCCCCCCUGAUGUCCUCGUGACCCAUCUCACUCCUCUCUGCCCCCAGAUCCAUGAGGAGUGCCUGUCCCUUGUGCCCCCCGCCUGUGACUGUGGGGUCCUACGGGACCACAUCCUGCCCCCUGCUGCCAUCUACCCUGUCCUGCUGGGCUGCUCACAGGAGAGGCAGGAUAGCCAGAGGGAUGGCAGCGGGAUGCUGGCAGAGGACACGCCACAGGUCUUCACCACUCCUGAGGGACAGGCACUGCGGGUCAGCCCCGUGCCUGACACCCACCCGCUCCUUGUCUUCGUCAACCCCAAGAGUGGAGGGAAGCAGGGGGAGAGGGUGCUGCGCAAGUUCCAGUAUCUGCUGAACCCACGGCAGGUUUAUAACCUGCAGCAGGGAGGUCCUACCACCGGGCUCAAUUUCUUCCGGGAUGUGCCAGAUUUCCGGAUCCUAGUGUGCGGAGGGGAUGGCACUGUGGGCUGGAUCCUGGAUGCCAUUGAUAAAGCCAACCUGCCCCGCCGGCCCCCUGUGGCUGUGCUGCCCUUGGGAACUGGCAACGACCUGGCCCGCUGCCUGCGCUGGGGGGGAGGGUAUGCUGGGGAGGACCUGGUGAAGAUCCUGCGGGAGAUGGAGGGCGGCAGCCUGGUGCAGAUGGACCGGUGGCAGGUGGAGGUGCUGCCCGAGGACCCGGUGGCCGCGGGCGACCCAGUGCCGUACGAGAUCAUCAACAACUACUUCUCCAUCGGAGUGGACGCCUCCAUCGCCCAUCGCUUCCACAUCAUGCGGGAGAAGUACCCCGAGAAGUUCAACAGCAGGAUGAAGAACAAGCUAUGGUACCUUGAGUUUGCCACCUCUGAGACCAUCUUCGCCACCUGCAAGAAGCUGAAGGAGUGUCUGAGUGUGGAGUGCUGCGGGACCCCCCUGGACCUGAGCGGGGCCCUGGCAGGGCUGGCUGUGCUGAACAUCCCCAGCAUGCAUGGGGGCUCCAACCUCUGGGGCGAGACGAAGCGGGCGCUGGGAGAGGCGCGGAGGGCAGCGGGCAGCCCCCAGCCCCCGGCCAUCACCGACACCGAGACCCUCAAGACCUGCGUGCAGGGUGUGUGGGGCGGUGCGGGGACCCUCUCUCCUCCUUCUUCAGUCUUCCCCCAGCACCGCCCUGACCCCUCAUCUGUGACCCCAGACCUGAGCGACCGGCGGCUGGAGGUGGUUGGGCUGGAGGGGGUGCUGGAGAUGGGGCAGAUCUACACGGGGCUGAAGAGUGCAGGCAAGCGCCUGGCGACCUGCUCCGAGAUCACGCUGCGGACGCUGAAGCCCCUGCCCAUGCAGAUCGAUGGGGAACCCUGGAUGCAGCCGCCCUGCACGAUCAGGAUCACUCACAAGAACCAGAUGCCUAUGCUGAUGGCUGCACCACCCCGCUCCUCCAGCUUCUUUGGCCUCAAGAAGGGCCCCCCUGACGCCUGAGGGGCCUGGAGGGGGGGACACUACCCUGAGUUGUGCCCAGGCGGGGUCACAGACCAAACCCUCUCCUCCUAUGCCCCCAGCAGGGGUGGGGGUGCAGCUGUGCCCCUCCUGAGGGGGGCUCAGAGCCCGCUGCUGCUGUGCCAGGGUGGUUGGGGCUGCACCAGCCCACCCUGUGCCUGUGUGCGCUGCAGUGGUCAGAGACCCCCACUCCUCUGGCCUCCCCAUCCCUAUUUAUUACACACACUUGCGCCCCCCCCCCCCCCCCCAGUUCAAGUGCCUCUUGCAGUAAUAAAGCUGAUGGUGAGAUGG